UGAAGGUCAAAAAUUCUUUAUGUGAAUCGGAUCUCUUCCUCUAAAGGAAUUAUUGAAAGUCAAUUCAUAUGACCCAUAUAUUAUUUUUAAGGCAUUGAGAUGGAGAUGAUGAUUCGACCAUAUUGCCACCAGCUGCUAUUGCUAAAAGGGUAUCAUCCGGUGAUCCGGCAAUAAUAUACAGUAAAAUGAUAAUGUAUAGAAGCUAGAGGUGAUGGUAAGGCAGUCGGUGUGGGAAGUGGAAGAAGAAGGCGUGGGGCCAGGACCCGGGAUCAGACUCUGCUUUGCCCAUGUGACAGAUCUGUCAUUUUCUGUUACUUGAGAGGAAGAAACAGAAUCCUUAUUUUGGCGGUUUGGUGAUGAUGACACAGCAUGACGCAGCUUUUCCAUGUGUAUCUGCAUAACACAUAACAACACAGAUUACCCAUCACCCAUCUCUUCUUUUGUUUACAAAAUUGGACUGUCUAGUCCAGACAUUUGAUGGGAAAACGACAAACAAAAAUUAAGGGCCGUGGACCUUUUUGUACCCAAUUUCUUCAAUUUGCCUUGGAGGCGAUCAGGUUGCUUUGACUGGAGUCUGGAGUCUGGAGGUAUGUUUUUGACUCGCAGGUGGCAAAAACAGAACAAACGGAAUUCCCAUAUUUAUAUGAUAAAUAAAUACUCUUAUAUUGGGUUAAGGAGUAUGUAGGAGGAGUGGAAUAAUCUUGAGAAUGGGGCUUCUAGAUCUAUUUUUUGUUGCUUCAAUGCCAGUUAUAAGGGUUCUGUUGCUCACUGCACUUGGGUCAUUUCUUGCCUUGGAUCGUAUUGAUAUAUUGGGCGAUGUUGUAAGGAAGCAAUUAAAUACGGUUGUAUUUUUUGUAUUCAAUCCUGCACUGGUGUAUAGCAACCUUGCUAACACAAUUACUCUUGACAGAAUGGUUUUGUUGUGGUUCAUGCCAUUAAAUAUCCUUACUGUUUGUAUCAUUGGCUCCGCUCUUGGAUUGCUGCUUGUGAAGACUACCAGAGCUCCUCAACAUCUCAAGGGCCUCAUAUUGGGUUCCUGUGCUGCGGGAAACAUGGGGAACAUGCCUCUAAUUAUCAUCCCUGCAGUAUGCAGAGAGAAAGGCAGCCCAUUUGGAGCACCUGAUGUUUGCCAUACAUUUGCAAUGGCUUAUGCUUCACUUUCUAUGGCGAUUGGAGCUAUUUGCUUGUGGUCUUAUGUUUACAACAUUGUGCGAAUUUUCUCUAGUAAUGCCAGGGAAGGCAUCAACCUACACUGUUCCAUCUCUGAAGAAUAUCCACAUCAAUUUACACUGCCUCAUCCUCUGUCUGAGGAAAACUUGCAGGUGGCUAUCUCUGGAAAGAUGAAACAGCUUUUGAGGAAGUUUUCAAGAAAGAUCAACCUUAAGGAACUGUUAGCACCUUCAACCACUGGAGCGAUUGUUGGCUUUAUCAUUGGAAUGGUUCCUCAUCUUCGGAAGUUAAUCAUUGGUGGUACUGCUCCUCUUCAUGUUGUCCAAGAUUCUGCUUCUUUGCUGGGGGAUGCAGCCAUUCCAAGUAUCAUCCUGAUAAUGGGAGGAAACCUUCUUAAAGGUUUAAAAGGGUCAGGAAUUCAACUAUCAUUCAUUGUUGGAAUUUUAGCUGUUCGGUUUAUAUUCCUCCCUCUAUUGGGGAUUAUCAUUGUUAAAGGUGCACUUCGAUUUGGUCUGGUGCACCCAGAUCCCUUGUUUCAGUUUGUUCUUCUACUGCAAUAUGCAGUUCCACCAGCAAUUAACUUAGGCACAAUUAUCCAGUUGUUUGGAGCGGGUGAGAGUGAAUGUUCUGUUAUCAUGCUGUGGACAUAUGGCUUGGCAUCAGUUUCACUCACCCUUUGGUCAACCUUGUUCAUGUGGCUUGUGUCUUGAUUUUCAUUUCUUCACACAAUUUGUCACAUUAAGUCCUUUGAACAAUCUUCACUAGAUUUCCUGACCAAAUGUCUAUGCAGAUGACAACAGCUCAAUAACAAAGGCAUAAUAGCAUGCUCCUCCAAAGGCUAAGUAGAAAACAGGGAAUGUAAUCCAACAUAAAGAUGUCAGCUGUGCUUUGUCAAUAUUGUAUUACUAUUUUGCAUUCAGUAAUAUUGGACCUUUUCUUUUCAAAUAAAAUGUCUAUCUGACAAAUGACAACUUAGCUUGAUUAUGUUUUCUGAGGUUGAUUUCCUCUUGCUCUCUCUCUCACUCACUCUUCUGCAUCUUCAAUGAGAGCUAGGAAACAGAGAAUUUUCAGAAAUGUAUCCAACUGACAAGUAUGGGCUCGGGGCUCAUGGAAAGCAAACAAGGUUAAUCCAGAUUGAUAGUUAACAGAAGGUAGAAGUGGACCAAGUUUAGAAGGCAGCAAAGGCUAUGGAGACAUCUCCCAGAGUGGAUGCAGUGCCUAGUCAAAGGGGAAACAGCAGGCCUAAUAAAAGACCAACUCCAAAGUCGAAAGUCCAUAAAGAGAAAAGAGGCGUUUCGAAGAAGCUCUGGAAUGAGAUUGUACAAGUGUUUGAAGAGCAUUUUCAUUGGGGAGUUAUACGUAAGCAUGCACUUUUAAGUCUCUUCCAGUUCACGUAUUCAAUUCCAUCGACUCCCUAAAUGAGCCUUUUAAUCAGAGCAGAUGAAAAGAUUAAUAAACGAAGAGCCCGAUAGUAAAUGCUUGAUUGACUUUGACUUUCACGUGUUCCACAUGGAGAAUUGGUAAGGGAGGUGGAGAUCAGAUAUUUGAAGAGCUUUUUGUUUUUCUAGUUAGGAGCAGUGGGAAUAUUGGGGCUUGUGGAUCAAAGUUGAAGACUUUUUGUGUUGGCCAUGGCCUCUACUUUAAUUAAUGCUCUGGGCAUCUCUAGCUCUACACAAGUACAAUCCAUGCGUAGAAUAUUAUAAAUAUGCCUUCAUCCAA